AUGUCUACCAAUGGCGUCACCGGCUCGAACGUCUCUCAAGUGAUCACCGCGGAGCUUUCAUCCGAUGAUACACGAGAGCGUUCAGCACGGAGGCUAGCAUUUACCUCGUUGACUCGCUCCGACAAGGGUGUUCGCUUUUUCCUCGACCUGUUCAUAGUGUACGUGUCGGUCAUCAUAGACUUCAUGGGCUAUACCCUAUUGGCGCCUCUGCUCUCUACCAUAGUUGACCAACUGGGCAGUGGUGGGUUCUCUGAUGACGCCUUUGCAGCGUCGUGGUUGAUGGCGAUGUACGGCCUUGGUCAGUUUAUCUCUGUGAUGAUAAUGGGCCCCCUCUCGGACCGAUUUUGCGACUGUGUAACGGCUUGA